AUUUGCUGGGAUCUACAACCCAGUCCACCAAAUAAACAAAAACAAAAAAAACUAACAAAUCAUAUUGUAACUAUAGAACAAAGCCAAAAACAAAUGAUUUUGAUGUAUUUUUUGUCUGUUUUGUGUUUUCUGCAUUAUGUCAUUCAUGUAGUGUCUUCAGCAUGUCCCCCUGAAUUCCUCAGCCCCCCCCACUCACUGUCCAACUCUCAACAACUGGCUCCAAAGGUUCAGAGCUAAACAGUAACUACAACUAUAACACCUCUUACAUCUCCUGCUUUUCAAUCCUCUGUUUUUCUCUUCCUUCCUUCAUUCGUUUGUUGUUGUUGUUCAUGGGAGCGUGCCAGGAUAUACAGGGGGCCACUUCAGGCACGCGUCCCUUUAUCUCAUUUUAAUAUAAAUGGACCCAACCCCCCACGCAAUCCACCAGCAAAAACACACAGACACACAACUCAUCAUCAUUAUUAUCAUCACCUACAGAUAUUUAUUUUCUUUACGCUUUGUUUGAUUAUCCAAAGUUUUAAUUAUUCACAUCAUGCGUUUUCUUAAUGGUGAUUAAUGAUGAGUGAAAUCGUGCGUAAAUGUGCGUAAAGUGGAUGAAACUCUGGAAUAAAAAGUACAAAUAUUAAAUAAAACAUAAAUCUGCGCUCAGGUUUCAAUUAAAUGAUUAUAUUUGAUGCGUUUACUGAUCCAAAGACAUGGUUGCCAACAGUUUAGGUGUGUUUACUGAUCUUAAUCCCUGCCAGUGACAGGUGCUGGGACCUUCAGAGUCCUUCAAUCAAUGAGCACUAAAGGGGUUAACGAUGUGUGUGUGCGUGGUGGGGGCGGACGCUCUGGGGAGACAAUAGCCGGGUUUGGAGCCCCGCACGGCCGACCAUGUGCCGUUGAUUACCAUACAGCUGUUCGCAUGAGGUCCAAACAAAGGCAACAUGAUAGUCCAAACUCCAAGAGCCCCCUUUUUCCACCCCCACCCCUCCCUUUCUCCUCCACACACACUCCACCCUUGCGCGACUCCAGACCACAACAGAAGAGUCUGAAUAGCUGCUAGGACGCACAAAGAAAGGUCUUAGCAACGACCUGCCCACUCUUAUUCACCUCACACGCGUCGGGGGCAAUUAUAACUUUGGGUAUAAAGAAAGAAAAGCUAUUUUCUAUUCUCCCCCGCUUCCUGAGCCUUUGUGUAGAGUGUUGGCCUCCAGGAAAGUGGCAAAAACACGUUUUACAGGCAGGGAAACUUCGUUGAAGUAGUUGCAGAAGUGAUGCGUAAAGUCUUCCUGCCUUGGCAUCCUAAUUGAUGCACAGGAAUUAUUUUUUAGACUGGUGGAGAAUUCAUGAGUCAAGUCCUGUACUUGAACUAAAUACUAAAACCAUACUGUGAAAAUACUCAACAAGUAAAAGUUAUACUCUAAAAACUUAAGUAAAAGUGUUCCAAGUGUUCACAAUGCAAAAAAAAAAAAAAAAAGUCUAUGUCAGUGUUUUACUAUAAGAUUUUACUGCUGUGUCUUCAACUACUUUCUGUACUGUUCAUUAGUGAGAUCCAUCAUUUCCAUUGUAGUUUUUCCCGUUAUUCUCUCGCUAUCCAGCCCCAAAAUGUUUGAUUUUACGAAAAUAUUACAUAAAAAAACAAAAAAACACUUUAAAGUGAUGCGUAAAGUCUUCCUGCCUUGGCAUCCUAAUUGGUGCACAGGAAUUAUUAUCUUUUAGACUGGUGGAGAAUUCAUGAGUCAAGUCCUAUUGUUGAACUAAAUCCAAUAACCACACUGUGAAAAUACUCAACAAGUAAAAGUUGUACUCUAAAAACUCAAGUAAAAGUGUUCCAAGUGUUCACAAUGCAAAAAAAAAGGUCUAUGUCAGUGUUUUACUAUAAGAUUUUACUGCUGUGUCUUCAAAUACUUUCUGUACUGUUGAAAAGUGAGCUCCAUCAUUUCCAUUGUAGUUUAUUCCCGUUAUUCUAACGCAAUCCAGCCCCAAAAUGUUUGAUUUUACAAAAUUAUUAUAUUAAAAAAAAAAAAAAAAAAAAAAACACUUUAAAGUGAUGCGUAAAGUCCUCCUGCUUUGGCAUCCUAAUUAUUUAGGAAUCCUAGGAAUUAUUUUAUAGACUGGUGGAGAAUUCACGAGUCAAGUCCUAUACUUGAACUAAAUACUAAAACCACACUGGGAAAAUACUCAAGUAAAAGUUGUACUCUAAAAACUCAAGUAAAAGUGUUCCAAGUGUUCACAAUGCAAAAAAAAAGGUCUGUGUCAGUGUUUUACUAUAAGAUUUUACUGCUGUGUCUUCAAAUACUUUCUGUAUUGUUGAGUAGUGAGAACCAUCAUUUCCAUUGGAGUUUAUUCCCGUUAUUCGCUCGCAAUCCAGCCCCAAAAUGUUUGAUUAUACAAAAAUGUUACAUAAAAAAAACAACAACUUUAAAGUGAUGCGUAAAGUCUUCCUGCGUUGGCAUCCUAAUUGGUGCACAGGAAUUAUUAUUUUUUAGACUGGUGGAGAAUUCAUGAGUCAAGUCCUAUUGUUGAACUAAGUACAAUAACCACACUGUGAAAAUACUCAACAAGUAAAAGUUGUACUCUAAAAACUCAAGUAAAAGUGUUCCAAGUGUUCACAAUGCAAAAAAAAAGGUCUAUGUCAGUGUUUUACUAUAAGAUUUUAGUGCUGUGUCUUCAACUACUUUCUGUCCAUCCAUUGUAGUUUAUUCCCGUUAUUCUCUCGCAAUCCAGCCCCAAAAUGUUUGAUAAUACAAAAACAUUACAUAAAAAAUUACUUUAUCGUCAUACAGUGUCUUACAUGUCAUCACACGCUCCACUGUUUACUCUUCUCUGGUUCAUUAACAUUCAUGCAGAAACCCCAAACAGCUUCUAAUGCAUAUUCGCAUUAAGGGUUUUGUCCAGAUGUAGUGUGGGUUGUCUAACUCCCCAGGCAGGUCCGCAGCUCCCCUGAGGUCCGCGUGGGCUCCACCUCUUUGGCCGUGACGCACUACAUCAGGGGUAUAAAAGCAGUCUGCAUCUUUACGCACCAGAACCAAAACAAGUGAAGUACCGGCGAGGGAGGAGAAGAGGAAUAUACCUCAAUAAGAAGAAAAGAGAAGAAGAGGAUACGGAUACCAGGAGGAUUUUACAGUGAUGAAACUUUUUUGACGGUUUUCUUUUACUUUUAUCACGUGCACCUUUGGGAACACUAUCGGGCACAACGAAUGCGGACAUAAACUUAGAUCUGAAAACAAACUCUGAGAAGAAAUGGCACAUCUACACAUAAGAUACCUCUUGGCUCUGGCCUUAGUGAACGUUGUUUUAUCCUCUGGAGUGUUUGAGCUCAAAAUUCAUUCAUUCCACACGGCGCACCGCAUCUGCAGAAGACACAGAGACUGCCAUAUAUUUUUCAGAAUCUGCCUGAAACACCCAGAGGAUGUGAUCUCAGCAGAGCCACCUUGCACCUUCGGUACCGGACAGACCAAUGUCAUCAGAGCCGAUCACACCUCAAUCUCCAGCAGCGCUCCCAUUCGGGUGCCCUUCCACUUCAAGUGGCCGGGAACAUUUUCAUUGAUCAUUGAAGCUUGGAACGCUGAAUCUCAGACUGAAUACACAGACAACCAGAACAACCUUGUGAGCCGCCUGGCCACCAGAAGGAGACUGGCCAUCGGUGAAGACUGGUCCCAGGACGUGCACUUUGGGGAGCAGAGCGAACUGCGUUAUUCUUACCACGUCUUCUGCGACGAGUAUUACUUUGGAGACGGCUGCGCAGACUACUGCAGGCCGAGAGACGACACUCUGGGACACUACACCUGCGACGAGGAGGGCAACCGCAUCUGCCUGGAAGGAUGGAAGGGAAACUACUGCUCUGAGCCCAUCUGCUCAGCGGACUGCAGUGAGAGGCAUGGCUACUGCGAGGCCCCUGGGGGAUGUACGUGUCGUAUGGGCUGGCAGGGCCCCUCAUGCAAUGAAUGCGUGCGCUACCCAGGAUGCCUUCAUGGGACCUGCAGCCAGCCGUGGCAGUGUAACUGUCAGGAGGGUUGGGGUGGUCUCUUCUGCGACCAGGAUCUCAACUACUGCACCAACCACAAACCCUGCGCCAAUGGGGCCACUUGCACCAACACCGGCCAGGGCAGCUACACCUGUACCUGCAGGCCCGGCUUUGGAGGAACCAACUGUGAGCUGGAAACCAACGAGUGUGACAGCAACCCCUGCAAGAAUGGAGGCAGCUGCAAUGAUUUGGAGAACGACUACUCCUGUACCUGCCCUCAAGGAUUCUACGGUAAAAACUGUGAGAUCAUCGCCAUGACAUGCGCAGAUGGUCCCUGCUUCAACGGUGGCACCUGCGUGGAGACGAUGACCGGAGGAUACACGUGCCGCUGCCCCCCCAGCUACACCGGCUCCAACUGCGAGAAGAAACUGGACCGAUGCAGCAACAGGCCCUGUCUGAACGGUGGAGAGUGUCUGGAUCUGGGCCAGAGCGUCCUGUGCCGCUGUCAGCCUGGUUUCACCGGUGCCAACUGCCAGGUCAACAUCGACGACUGUGCAUCAGGUCCGUGUGAGAAUGCCGGGACCUGCCAGGACGGCGUGAACGACUACACCUGCUCCUGCACCCUGGGAUACACCGGCAAGAACUGCUCUGUGCGCUCCGACGCCUGCGGGGCCCGGCCGUGCCAGAACGGCGGUACGUGCUUCACCCACUUCACCGGCCCCGUGUGCCAGUGCCCCAAAGGCUUCAUGGGGCCCAGCUGUGAGUUCACACUGCAGCCCAGCUUUAAGCCGGCUUUGCGUCAAACCUCCCAGCCCACAUCCGCCACCCUGACGGUCUCGUGCGUCCUGGCCAUCCUGGUUCUGGUUCUGGUCGGAGGUAUCAUCUUCCUGAGGAGGAGGAGGAGGAUGCAAGGACGGAAGCAGCUGAGUGAUGUUGCGGUUUAUAACGAUCUGGAGGCAGUGAAUAACCUCGGAGGAAGUGAAAGAGAUUCUUUCCUGGGGCCUAAUGGUCUGUUCAAGAUCAGCAACAGCACCGCCCGUCUCAGCCUGUCCCUCUGCCCGGAUGGAAGACCCGGAUUCAGACACAACCCAGUGGAGAACAGCCGGACCCGGGACUUUAUGUGGAGGGACGAGGUGGGUCUGGGAUCUGCAGCAGGACUGAGAUAAAACUGGGAAAACAGGGACGUCCACAUUCAAGGAAAAUAUUAUUGUUAUUAUUAUUAUUAUUAGCACUUGCUGUUGCUCCUUUGUCUUCAUCAUGUAGUGUGAAGAAAAGGAACCAAUUCAUGAGCUGAAAACCACUCUGCUCAUGCAGAAGAUAGUAUACCAAUAAAAGUGUAAGUAAAGUAUCGAAAAGAACUAUGUUUUACAAAGAAUAUUGAAAUGUUUUAUGGGGCAAAGCUCUUCCAUGUGUAAAGACCCAAAGAGACAAAUAAUAAAAAAACGCUUUUCAUAGGACCUACAACACAAACCAAAUUCAUGAAGUCAAGAAAAGAAAAAACACUGAUCCCCUUUGGAAAACCUGCCCGAGAAAUAUGUUUUAUUGGGUUAUUAUCUUUAUUAAGUUCACUUUGUUUUGUGUUUUUUUUUUUCCUUUUUUUUUGUUUUUUUGUUUUUUUACACAGAAUUUUUUGUUUUGCUUUUCAAUCUUCCUUUGGUCAUUAUUUCCUUAUUGUGCGGUACCAUCAUUUUUAUUCUUUAUAUUAUUUAUUUAUUUGAAAACUUAAGUUUAUGGCUUCACUAUGAUUGUCACAGAUGUAGAGAUAUAUUUAUAUGAUGCUGAAUGAAGACCAACAUUGUUGUCCUACUGGACUGUACAGGCUGUGUGAAAUAUCCCAAAGAUGUUCAAGGCAGGGAUAUAAACAAACGUGCUUUAUCACACUGCUCAGCCAUUACUGUAAUUAAUAUAUAUUUAUGAACUACUGAUCAUGUCGCUCUGUUUUUGUGCCAUUUUAUGUUCAUGCCAAAGUUUGUGUUAGUUUAUAUGUUUUUCAUUCAUAUUGGUUUUGUCAUGUUGUGGUUGUGAUGUGGAAUUAAAGAUUCACUUCGAUGUGAUUC